CUGGUGGGGCGGCAAGUGCGCGUGCUGUGGCCCCACGACAACGCCUGGUUCCUGGGCAGCGUCAGUAGCUACAACCCAGAUGAUGGCAAGCAUGAGGUGAGGUAUGAGGAUGGAGAUAUGGAGAGCAUUCUGAUGGCCACAUCGAGGGUCCGACUGGAGGUCUCUGCUGGCGAGACCCUCCAGGCAGAGGAGCUGAGGACACUUGCAGAGCAGCAGGCCGCUGCUGCAGCAGGGAGUCGACCUGAUGAUCAGGAUCCAGCGUCCAACGCACCUGAGGCCGGUGAGCAGACAUUUGGGUUGGGGGAGGUGGUGUGGGCGCGCGAGAAGGGGUGGCCUGCCUGGCCGUCCGUGGUCAUCACCCUGGAGAGCGCCAGGGAUUUGUCACCCUUGAGGCCAUGCAAGGGCGGCGUGACAGUGUGGUUCUUUGGCACCUACGAGAUGGGCUGCAUCAAGCCUGCGGAGAUAGCGGGACUCAGGACCGGGCUGGACCAGGAGCUGCAUGUCAAGUGCAAGCGCGCUGUCAAGGUGUUCCGACGCGCCCUGCAUGAGGCCUACACCUACCUCCAGGCAAGCCUUCUUCCCUAUGCAGAGCUAAUUUUUUCCAGAGUAUCUAUGAUCAGGACUGACCAGAUGAUCUUGGACAGCAAUGAUGAGUCAUGGUUUGCCGAUGCGGAUGAGGCCCCUGAUGGAGACUUCACUGGAGCAGACUUCCCUCUGAAGCUGGGCAAGAACCUGACUGUGAACUCCCUGGGGCGGAUUGAGUUCCUGCGCCAGGCCUUCCACAACAAGAAGUACCUGUGGCCGCUGGGCUACUCUGCCAUGCGCACAGAGACCCUGCCCAACGGCAAGCGCAUGGCCUGCCACUGCCAGAUCCUGUCCUCGCCAGACACCCUCGCACCCAUCUUCAGGGUGACGCCGGAGGGGGGCGUUCCUGUGGAGGCGGACCACCCGGGGCGCGCAUGGAAGGAGGUGCUGGCGGCCACGGGCGCGGAGCGGCGGGCGGCCGGCCUGUCGGGCCCGCGCAUGUUCGGCCUGGACAAUCCGGCCAUCGCACGCAUGAUCCAGGCGCUGCCGCACGCCGGCCGCUGUGCCUCCUUUGACGCCUGGCUCGGCGAGCGGCCCCCCUGCGAACCCCUGCGCCUGCCGGCCGGCAUCCGCGCAGUGCCCGCUGAUCGAGCAGUCCAGGGAGUCUGCAGUGUGUGCGGGGAGGAGGAGGAGACGGAUGCCAACCACCUGCUGCAAUGUGAUGGCUGCCGCGAGUUCGUGCACAUGGACUGCUACGGCGUCGGCGCGCCGCCGGAGGGCCGCCUCUGGCUGUGCGAUGUCUGCAAACUGGGCCCGAGCCGGGCGCCUGCAUGCGCCCUGUGCCCUGUGGAGGGCGGACUGCUGAAGCGCACCACGUGCGGCCGCUGGGUGCACUCGGCAUGCACGCUGUGGGUUCCCGAGACCGCCAUCGACUGCGACGUGGGCCUCGUGGACGGCCUCCAGUAUAUUCCCAAGGCAUGCCACAGACUCCCACUGAGCUGCGCUGUGUGCAGCCAGGCGUACGGCGCGUGCAUCCAGUGCGCCGGCCACCGUUCCUGCUGCGCCUCCUUCCACCCGCUCUGUGCCCGCGCCGCCGGCCUUUGCAUGCGGGUGUGGAGGGAGGGAACAGCGCUGAGCGCGGGGCUGCGGCUGAUGUGCUACUGCCCGCGCCACACCGCCCUCCUGGAGUCCUCCACUCUCAAGGCCCGCAUGUCUAUUCCUCCGACCCCCCUGCCUCCCUCCCGGGCCCUGCGAGCACAGAUUCAGACAGCGCCCUGCUCGCGAUGCAUACCGUACAACCACGAGCUGCGCCGCGGCCACCGGGCCCCAGACGCCAUCGUCGCGGCCCUCGCCAAGCGCGCCUUCGUCCGCGCGACUCCCUACCUCGUCACCAUGGCGCGCACGCAGCCGCCGGCCUUGACCGGCGCAGCGGCUGCACGGGGGCCGGCGCCGGGCGGCCGCGCCGUGCAGUCCCUAGCGGAGCGCUUCAAGGAGAUGCGGCGCACCGUUACGGCGCGGCUCACCUGCGGCAAGAGCGCGAUCCACGGCUGGGGCGCGUUCACCAAGGUGCCGGCGGCGGAGAGCGACAUGCUGGUGGAGUACAUGGGCGAGCUGCUGCGGCGGCCGGUGGCGGAUGCGCGCGAGCGCCGCACCUACGACCGCCUCGUGGGCGCCGGCACCUACGUCUUCGGCCUCUCCGACGAACUCGUCGUCGACGCCACGCGCAAAGGCAACAUGGCGCACCUGCUGAACCACUCGUGCGAGCCCAACAGCUACAGCCGCACCGUCUCCGUGCGCUGCCCCGACACCGGCACGCUCUCAGACCACGUCGUCAUCUUUGCCAAGCGCGCCAUUGCCGCCGGGGAGGAACUCACCUACGACUACAGGCGCGCACCUUCCCACAGCACCCCACACAAACUGCCAUGCAACUGCGGGGCGGCCACGUGCCGCGGCUUUGUGAACCUGCCCAAGGCCAGCGCGGACAGCGAUGUGCAGCUGGUGCUGCGGUCGCGCCUGAAGCCCUAUAUCACCCCUGCUGCAAACCUAGCAAAGUGA